AUGACGUUCUCCGAGAGGAGACAGAAAAUUGGCCCUCACCCAUUUUUUGCUUUGAUAGUUUUGCUGAAAGAGCUAUUGAGCCCAAGUGCAAGUGAUCGACAAACUCCAAAUCCGAAACAUUUUGUCGGAACACAAUGUAGAGGUAGCCCAAAAGUGAAGCCCAUAAGCACCCCCAUCAGCAUGUCGUUUUGUCGGAUCACGGGCAAGGCUCGUAAUCUGCCCAAGCCGAAUUUCUUCCCCAUCAUUCCACCGGUUUGUCCGGGCGAUGCCAGAGUAAUGUGUCGAAUUACUACCAAACGCAUGGAUUAUCAUAAUUAUGUGCCAUUGAUCGAGGCCGGGAAGCGUCCCGAGUCCGUGAAGAAUCAAUUGUCACAAAACAAGGAGAAUCUAAACGUUAAUCUGUCAUCGAAAAGUUCCGAUGGAAUCUCCAAGUCGGACGGAAAUUCUUCCAAGAAUACACUGGGGGUGCAUGAGGAUCGACCGGAUUUCAAAUACGUGGAACCAGUUUUGAAAUCGGAUGCCGUCGACAAGUGUGACCUCAAGGCCUUUGAGGACCUUCAACGUAUUUUGAAACGAUACAAGAAGGGCUUGAACUCCGAAGAUGCGCACAAAAAGUUUGUAUAUCUCAUGCCUUCAAUGCUCUGCGGUUUGGUGGUCCCAGCUGCCGUGGAAGAGGCCAUUCGUCAUGGGGACCUCGAGUCUGUGAGCGUCGCCAAAGGUUGCGACAAAGCCAUUUUUAAGAUGAAGGGCAAGCCCACAUUGUUUGUAUCAUUGCGAGAGAUAGAUAUGGAGAAUCGCCCGGGUCAAGGUAGUUCCAACAAUGGACUCGAUUAUGAGGGGAAAGUUUUCUUUGACGGUCGAGGCCAGAGCAAGGACACCCUCAGCAAACAAAGGCAAGCCAUCGAAAGCAAGAAGAGAAAAACUUUGGCCAAUAAGAAAAUCUUCGAGGAUUUGGAAAGACAAGCCGACGAGCAAAUGCAGCGAGACCUCGAGAUUUCAGCCGCCAGAGAUGGCGGGGGCAAGGCCGAAACCCAGAGGAAACGCAUUCGCGAGGCUAAAAAGUAUCGCAAGGCUCUCCAAGAGUUUAAAGACAAGAACCUGCCCCAGGGCAAUAUGACACACUAUGAAGAUUGGGAGACAGCAUUGAAGACCAAUAUCCAUCAACUCAAUUGGAAGAAAAUGGAUUCGAUUCCUGAGCCAAUUCUAUCCACCAUGCAGAUCCCCAAAGCGGCGACCAAAUUCCAAAGUUUCAAUGAGGCCAGCCUUAGACAGAAAAAGCGGGAAAGAAAUGUUUUCAUCCCUGAUCAACCUGGACUCGAGUUGGUUCCCAUGACCGAGCAAUUGGAACCCAUGGAUCCCAAAGUUUCGCCCGAGCUUUUCAAUUUCAUCGCAGCCUCCAAGAAGCAAGACUGCCCAGUCAAUUCGAGCGUGAAGUCGAUGUUUGCCAAUUCCGAGGAAACUUUGAAGAUGCUCCCCACUUUGGCGGAAUUUGCACUGAUAGGAAAUCUAUUGAGACAAGGCAAACAAUCACAUCGAAAAUGUUGUUUGUACGACCACGGAGAUGGUGCCAAAUACGCGCCAGACCCGUCUCAUGCGCCCUCUGGUUCCAAUGUGAUUGUGGGGGCAAUUGUCGAGAUCGAGCCGGACCAAUUUAAAUUCAUUCCUGGUGAGGAAGUCAAGCAAGAAAAUGGCCAAAUGAGCCUAGUCCCAGGGCAAAAAAUGGCUGCCGCAGGGGGCGAGUUCAUCCCUGGAUUAUGCAUUCGAGGGGACGAGCCGGGCCAAUUUAAGUUUAUUCCAGGGACAUUUUCUAAUAAUAAGAAGGACAGAUUCCAAUUUGUCGCCGGUCAGUUCAUUUCACGAUCCGAUGGAACAGGGGACUUUGUCCAAGGUCAAAUUGUCCACACACCAAAAGGAGCAAAGUUUGUUGAAGGACAGACCAUCAAUACUGUGGAUGGCUUGAAAUUUGUUGCAUGUUCGAUGGUUGAAACCGAGACUGGGCCUCAGCUUGUCCCGGGAACGGUUAUUGAUGUUGGCCCUGAGCAAUGUCAAUUCGUGCCUGGGCAAAUGGUGGGUGGAACCACUCUGGAUGAUUGCAUUUUUAUCCCGGGUCAAUCGGCAGAAAUCGAUGGCCAGCGGUCAUUUUUGCCUGGACAAGUGAUCAACGGAGAAUUCGUCCCCGGUCAAAUGAUGAGGUUGGAUGGUAAUCAAGCUGUUUUUGUACCCGGACAAACAGUGAUCUCUGAAGAGGGACGAAACGAAUUCGUUUGCGGUAUUUUCGAAGAGGGUGGCAAAUUCACACCUGGAAUGACUUUGGACAGUUUGGAUGGGCCGGUGUUUGUUAUGGGACGACUUUGCUCCCAAGAGGGAAAGACGAUGUUCGUUCCAGGGAAGAUUACAAAUAGUGGAGACCCCAUCGCUUCAGCAAAAGGCCAAGCUCGUUUUGAGAAAGCCAAAGAUGUGUCCGAUAUCGUUAUGAAGUCGUCUUCUCCCACAGAGUCCAGCAGCCUUGUUGUGGAUGGCAAUUCGCUCUCUUUAGCAUUCAAAAAGAUGAGACCUCAAAAAGGUGCCAUGGUGCAAACGAAGAGGGGUCCACAAUUCAUUCCCGAGGACGGUGAACUACCCGAAGAUCGAUUGCCGGGCAAGAAUUCCAUCACCACCGGACGCCUGGAGUGCGGGGAAGAAGGUCAGGUGUUCAUUCCGGGUAAGUCCAUGCAACUCAACGGGAUCAAGACCUUCAUCCCCGGCAAGAUGGUGCCAAAUGAAGAUGGCACGGAAACAUUUGUGCCGGGGAAGGUCAUCCAAACCAAGAACGGGCCUAAAUUCGUGAGUGGGCAAGUCAUCCAGACCGAAGAUGGCGAGAAAUUCUUACCUGGCAUUGUCAUGGAUUCACCGAAUGGAAAAAUAUUCGUCCCAGCCAUGGAGAUACAAACCAAAUCAGGCCAUCUACUCAUACCAGGCCAAGUCAUCGUCACCGAUAAUGGGCUCAAAUUUGUUCCAGGCGACAUCGUCUCUACGGAAAAGGGUGCCCUGUUCGUUCCUGGACUUGUGAUUGACAGUCCAGAUGGCGCCAAGUUUAUUCAUGGCGAAGUAAUUGAGACUCCGGACGGUCCAAGAGUUCUCCCACCAGACGUUCGAGGCGAUGGGAACAUGGACUAUUGCGUUCAAGGCUUCGACAUUAAUAUGGAGGAAGUGCGGCUCCUGUUGGGCAAAUCUAAUAGCUCGGGCGAUGUGACUGACCUACUAGGAGGGGUUGGAGGAGCUGUCGUCAGUCCUGAAGCUCUCAAAGCUCUGGCAGAAGGCUUUGAGUGCGUGAAGAGUAAUGUGAUUCCCACAAUGGGAGCUCAAGGGGAUGUUGAUAAACUUCUUAAUGAUGAGCUCUUAGAUGCAUACGACAGUCCUGCCGUUAGAAAAAUAAUUAAUGGAGUGUUUACUGCUGUGUUCACCGAACUAUGUGCCAAAGUGGAAGAAGUGGAGCAAGCAACAUUGACCUAUACGAAUGGGCCAUUAAAGGCCAAUAUGAAAAGCACUCUCAUGUCCCAAAUGAAAUUGAACCCCGCUUUAGACAAGCUAAAAUCCAUAUUUGAGAAGAAGAACGUCAGUGAGAGCGAAGAGAACGAGAUUCUGAAUCUGAUCGCUGGGAUCAUCACUUGUUCCAUUCCUGGAGCGCUCAAGGAAUGCUGUUCAGACAAGAGCAAAGAUGAUUUAGAGGAAGAGGAGUUUAAAGAAGCGCUUCUAGAUUGCAUUGAAGAAUCGAUCCAAAGUAUCCUGGGCGAAGAUGGCGUGAUCUCUAACGGGAUUUUUGAAGACAUCCAAGAGUUAGUCAAACUAGCUAAGGAUCUCGAAUUUGAUGAGAAUCAAUCCUUCUUCUCCAAAGUGGCUGCAGUCACCGAGGGUCGAUGUAAUAGUAAAUUUGUAAACAAGCUCAUGACCCAAUUGGAAGGGCCAGGAGGAGUGUCUAACAUUGACACCAAGGAAAUUGCCAAUAAGCUAGUCAACGUCCUUGGCUCGAAAGUCGAGCUACAAGACGCCUUCAAGGAGAUGUCCGAGAAGAAUCCUGAUUUCAUCAAGGAAGUCUUGGAACAACUCAGCCACGAGGGUCGACACUCCACCAAUGAGAAUACCGUUGAGCUUCUACAAAAUGCGAUCGUCAAAGCCGUGGAAGACAACUGCCAAAAACAAUUAGAUGUACUCAUCGAUCAACUCCAGGAAGCUGGCGAGACUGGAGCCCUCACGGAUGAGGAUGUGAGGUCAAUGUUGAAGCAAGCCAUUGGUUUGGCCAAAUAUAUGAAGCGACCGCAAGUUGUUGAUCAAUUGACCGAGCUACUUCAUGACCCAGUCAUGAUCAAUGCCAUCAAAGAUGAUGGAAUGACCCGAGACAUCUUGAGAAAAUUACUCGUCUUGCGGAAAUUGGCUGGAAGGGACAAGAAGAAACGGCACAAGUUGCAACAACUGGAAAACUACAACUCCGAUUCGGCCAGAGAGGACGACAGCUUGAAAGAGUUUGUGAACCAAUCCAAAAUCCUGACCACCUCCACGGGAAUGAGUGGGAAGCUGAAGAAAUCCAAGUCGAUGAUCAAGAAGAGCAAAUCCAUGAUCAUGACGGCAAAAGACAUUCCCAUGACUGCCUUUAUGGCCAUGAAGAGCAACACCGAUGAGAAGGACGAGAAAUGGUUGCAGAAUUUCCUGUCCGAGUCUGUGAUGGAAGACAUUCCUUGGGAGUGCUCCAAAGCCUUGAUCAUUCUCAAAGAAGGCCUUCAAGCCAUCAUUCCUCGCGAAGCUUCUCGAAGCAUACUUCUUGGUGAUGCAAGUUACACUUUGAUUGACGACAAUGGGGUGGAAUUCUUCUUAUCGCCCAGCGACAAACAGCGAAGAGAAAACGGAGAUGCCAGUCCCGAGAGUGCAGAGCCCAAGCUCAAAACCAUGAGAGAUCUGCUCCAAUCCGAUCCUGACUACAAGGGCAAGUUCUCCAAACUGGGAUCCAAUUACGUCGAUAGCAAGAUCAAAGGGCCUACCAUGGACUCGAUUCCAUUCAAAGGAAGUUUAUCAAGCAGCACUAAACUGAACGGCGAGACGUCUUUCGGUUCCAAAUUGAGAAGCUCAAAAUCUCCGUCGCCUUUGGAUGACAUAAGAAAGCCUCCCAAACCAAGCGUCAACUUCAGAAUUGCAACCGAUGCGGAAAUCAUGGACUCCCUCGAGAAGUAUCGACCCAAGAACCAUCGACUGCCCAAUGUGCCCAAUUUAGAGGCAGGCCCACCCGUUGCCGAUUGUAGUAAUAUUAAUGACUUGAGGGACUACUACGCAGGUUUGGGCACCCACCAACGUGCCAUGAAGCGUUUGAGCCUCCUCAAUGGAGGCCAUUCAAGAAUUCAGGACGAGGAUGAACCGGAGCAUUUCGAGACUUUCAAACCACAAAUGCCAAGUAGACGCUUCUCUGUCGAUAGCUAUUCCAAUCCAGGUCCGAGAAGCUUUUCGGUUCGGCCCAACGAGCCUCAUUUUCAGCGCGGAUUGGACAGGAAUGAUCAUAACAAUUGGGAGGAAGAAGACACUUUCCCCGGUCGACCGGGCCCAAAUGGAGCGAAUCUGGGUAGAAACAUGGACAAUUAUCGUCCGGAGCGGGAUGAAUUCAUGGACCAAAUUGGCCCUUCGUACCCACGAAGGCCAAGCGCCAUGAGGCAACUGAGUCGCGAGUCCGACGAAACGCCGGCCAUGUCGGCCUACGACAUGUCAGGGUUGGACGAUUCCACCAAGAAGAUUUUGGACAGGGCCCGGUCCAUUCGAUCAAAACCCAUUUGGGAGGGAGAGGCCGAUAAUGGUGGACGAAGGAACAAGUAUGAUGAAUCCACUGGGCACACCAAGAAGAUGUAUAAUUGGGAUGACGAUACAUUUGAAUACGUCCCUGAAGAGAAGGCUGCACCAGCCCCUCAGGACGACACCAUGCUCAGUUCCAAGACUAGGACCAUGUUAGACAAAUUGAAAGAGUCGACAAUGGCUCUCCAAGGUCUAAACGAGCAAUCUACAGAUGAUCCGUAUGCCCGGCCAUUUGGCCAGGGUGUGGAGGCCCCUCAAUCUCGAGCAAAGAGGCCCUCGAGGUUUCUUCGCAGCAACAGUGCCAUGGACGGGCCAAGGGAACCGGCCAGGGCUCCAUCGAUUGAGCCGAUCCGUUCACGAUUUGCAGCUUCGCCGUCGCCACCCAAUCAUCGACCCUACGGAGCCGCCAUGGGUUUGGCGGAUAACAUCUUAAGUAUCCGCUCUGACAACGGUCGAAGGUCAAGUCGGGCGCCUGAUGACGAUCCUUAUAAUGGGUAUACCAGAAACACGAAAAGAGGCGAACCGAGUUAUUCCCAAUCCUCACGGGGACGAAGCUCUCAAUUCGGAAGGGAUACAGCCUCCCCGGAGAAUGACAAUUAUCCUCGGUUCACUUCUAGUCGAGAUUACAAUCAUCGGCCAAGACGCGAAUCGCCCGAGCUGCCAACCAAGAGCGGGAACAAAUUUUCGUCUUCCAGAGGCAGAAGAGGCGAAGACGACGAGGAUUUUGACUCCAUGAUUGCCAAUUUGAAGAAGAAAACCUCGGGGAGGGACAUGUUGCAACGGGUCAGCCAAAUUGAAGGACGUGACGUCACACCUCCUCGUCAGGCGGGGGGUGGGUCCAAGUAUGGUCGACAAACCUCCGGUUAUGGCGAUGAUAGCGAUAGCAAUGACGAUAACACGCGGUUUCAACAAAGGCCGGCUCCGGGUCGAGCCCGAUAUAGUAAGGGACCAUCUUAUUCAUCCCGAAACGACUUUAGCGACGAUGAAUCGGACUUUCCGACCAGACCCAAACCAACGAGCCGAUUUGCCAGGAGACCCCCACCACCACGUGACUUUGAUAAUGAGGAUGAUGACUAAAAUAGGGUCUGUUUGCUUGUCUUACCACGAUUUGUACUUAUUUAUUGUGAUAAAUGUGUUUUGGAAUAAAACCACCUUUUAGUUUAA